CACUGAUACCUCUCGUUCUUCUCUUCCUGGCUGUCAGCAUCACCAAUGGGGUGAUCGCCGCAAUAUCAAUGAGGGUUAUUUCAGCGGAGGAGUUUGUUCUUUCCGGCACCUAUCAGUGCAGUUUUGACUAUGGCGGAGAUGUUCUACUUCUGGAUACUAUCAGUUGGAUACUCGGAACUGUAUGGGAGGUUUUCGCACUGUGUCUCGCAGUCUGGAUUGCUGUAAAACACUUCCGUGAACUGCAACAACAAUCAGGCGGACGGAUCAUCGAAAACUGUUUGACGGUGUUGAUAAAAAGUCACAUGGGUUACUUUGGGAGUUAUCUUGCAACUUCUUGCUUCAACCUCGGUCAUUUUUCUCCAGCCAUCUCAGGGAACCCAUAUUCCACGGGAAGUCAAAUCUAUGCUGGUGUUGCUCAAAUUCUCUUGUCCGUGCAGAUGUAUGUGCUGGGACCGCGCCUUGUCCUUAGCAUUCGAGAAUAUCACGCCAAACUCGUAGCCGACUCCGAUGCAGCAACCGCCAUGACUUCAAUUGCUUUCCAGGAGCGCGUAUAUGUGUCAACUAGCAGCACUGUGUAGCAGGGAGACACACAAUGCGAUUGACACUCGUCUGGUUCUGCGAGGAGCAGGAGAAUUUGUUCUUUUGGUUCGAAGUUUUGUCGUGGUACUGAUUUAAAUUAUUUGGUGCUCCGAAGAAGAUUUGAAUUUCGGGAAAGAGAUAUGGGAAAUUCUAGAGCAAGUGAAGGUCAAGUUUGAAGUACGAAGGAGGCUCGCCGUGUUAUACUAUGAGUAUUACCAUCCACCUACAUCAGGAAACAGGCCCCAGUGUCAUUUUGAUGCAAGAAUUUGUUGCAGUUGUAGGGAUGCAGUGAUGCAUUGCUGAUGUAUCUGUAGUGCAUCCAAAAGUGUCACAUCCAUCAGUCUGACCCCGG